AUGGCAGACCGUCACCAUCAGAACGGGAAAUGGGUUGGCGAGCGCCCUCAUCCUUUUGCAGAGUGGGCCGCGGGCCGAAACCUGAAGACGAAUCAUCAUCAGAAGAAGAAGAAGCAGUCAGUCACUGCUGAGACUUCGGCUGCCGAGCUUGCUUUUGCCAUUCUACGCCAGAGUGGUCCCGGACCAGUCCAGCCUGCCCAGAUGCCAGCUAAGACUAGCACUCAGAAGGGACAGAACACAGUUGCAGACCAAAAGCCCAAUGUGCAGAGUAGCCAGGCUGCAACCGUCGAAAGCUCUCAUGGUCAGGCCAUUCCAGCCAAGCCCACCCCGGCGCAAAAAGAGAAUGCGGAACAGAACAUGCGCCAUGGAGUUCAGUCAAACGGUUCUUUCCAAGUCGAGAUCUCCGUACGCUCGCAUCCAUCUCGUGAAAACACGGGCUCGGUCCCUGGGAAUGAGUCGAAACGAACAUCCGAUUCAGACUCCAACGACUACGAGUCCACCGACGAGUACAAACGUCACGACCGUCAGAAAGAGCGGAACGACGGCAACAAGCACUCCUGCCGGCACAAGUGCCAUUGUGAUCGUCUGCCCGACCACCCGAAACCGAAUCAGAUGCAGGCUGUUCCAAGUAAUGGCACCGCGACUAUUGUCGGCUACCAGCAAAUAAAUCCGCAGUACGUUCAGACUAUGCCAAUGGCCUCGUUUCAGCCGCACGCAGCCCAGCAUGAUAGAUUGUACUUCGAUUAUCAUCCUCUCGGAGCGUAUCGUGUCCCUUUCUAUUACCCAGUCGGGAACAUGGGCGUAUUCCCAUCGACCCAGCAUGGAGGUGCCCGUUCAGAUAUCCGCUCGUCGUCUUAUACCAAUGGUUGGGAUAGUCACUCCCGCCCCAUACAGUCGCCUGAGCCUUCGGUGAGACCCCGUGAACCGUUCCCUAGAAGUGCGCAGGUCCCAUUCAACGAUGGUCCUCCCCGACGCUGCCGUUGCCCAUCCCCAUCUGAUACUGUCCCGCUGAGAUCGGCAAUGAGAGGCGGCCGGGACUCCAUGGUGAGCCAAGCGGCGCAGCGCAACAUCGACCUUUCGCCGGAUAUGCCUGCUAUCUCGACAAUGGAAGCCACCACUAUUGACGGUCGCAGCAUGACCGAUCCUACUUAUCUACCAUUCCCUCCUAGAUUUCAUUUCCCUGACAGCUUCUGGAAGUCUGAAACCAAAGACACUCAGAACAUCUCCCACCGCCAUUUGCCUUUUGAGCCUGGGUUUACCUCGACCCCGGAAUUUUGGAGAGCGGAACAGAGUGAUCUGAACGAAGCAAGUGGGAGAGACAUGAAUUUCCGCCCUGCUACGGCCGACCACCGCAGUCCCAAGAAAGGGUAUGAGCUAAUGGUUCCUGCAGUGAGAAAGCCCGAAUUCUGCAUUCCAGGUGCGUGGAUUGAGGGCUCGGAGACAUCGUCUAUGCAGUCCGACUGUACCAACCAACACGCCAGCCACGAUUGUCCCAAUACCUGGGCCGAUAUGUCCGUGACUUACAGCUAUGCUCCGCUUCCGGAUGUUCCUGACCCCCUCAUGGGUCGACGGGCAUCUUCGCAUAUUUCCUGGUAG